CUUCCGGCGGGCGCCAUUUUGUAUCCGGGGCGGCGGCGCCAUGGAGGCCGCGGCGGGCAGGAAGCGGCAGCGGGAGGAGGCGGCCGAGUCGUCCGAGCUGUCCGGGGAGGAGGAGGACGCUGACUACGUGCCCUACGUGCCGGUGAAGCAGCGCAAGCAGCAGAUGCUGCAGAAGCUGCUGCAGAUGCGGCGGAAGGUGGUGUCGGAGGAGGAGCAGCGGGACAGCGGCGGCGAGCAGCGCGGCGACGAGGAUGACAUCCCCCUGGGGCCACAGUCUAACAUCAGCCUGCUGGACCAGCACCAGCACCUCAAGGAGAAAGCGGAAGCUCGGAAGGAGUCGGCCAAAGAGAAGCAGCUGAAGGAGGAGGAGAAGAUCCUGGAGAGCGUGGCGGAGGGCCGAGCCCUGAUGUCAGUGAAAGAGAUGGCAAAGGGUAUCACCUAUGAUGAUCCCAUUAAAACCAGCUGGAGAGCACCUCGUUACAUCCUGGGCAUGUCCGAGGCCCGGCACGAUCGCGUCCGCAAGAAGUACCACAUCCUGGUGGAGGGGGAGGGCAUCCCGCCUCCCAUCAAGAGCUUCAAGGAGAUGAAGUUUCCAGCAGCUAUCCUGAGGGGCCUGAAGAAGAAGGGAAUCCAGCAGCCAACGCCUAUACAGAUCCAGGGCAUCCCAACGAUCCUCUCGGGAAGGGAUAUGAUCGGCAUUGCCUUCACUGGCUCUGGGAAGACCUUGGUGUUCACCCUCCCCGUUAUCAUGUUCUGCCUGGAGCAGGAGAAGAGGCUGCCCUUCUCCAAGCGGGAGGGACCCUACGGGCUCAUCAUCUGUCCCUCCCGGGAGCUGGCCCGGCAGACGCACGGCAUCAUCGAGUACUACUGCCGCCUGCUGCAAGAGGACGGCCUGCCCCCGCUGCGCUGCGCCCUCUGCAUCGGGGGCAUGUCCGUCAAGGAGCAGAUGGAGACCAUCAAACAUGGCGUGCACAUGAUGGUGGCGACCCCGGGCCGCCUCAUGGACCUGCUGCAGAAGAAGAUGGUGAGCUUGGACAUCUGCCGCUACUUGGCCUUGGACGAGGCUGACAGGAUGAUCGACAUGGGCUUCGAGGGGGACAUCCGCACCAUCUUCUCCUACUUCAAGGGCCAGCGGCAGACGCUCCUCUUCAGUGCCACAAUGCCCAAGAAGAUCCAGAACUUCGCCAAGAGUGCCCUGGUGAAGCCCAUCACCAUCAACGUAGGGCGAGCGGGUGCUGCCAGCCUGGACGUCGUGCAGGAAGUGGAGUACGUGAAGGAGGAGGCCAAGAUGGUGUACCUCCUCGAGUGCCUGCAGAAGACUCCGCCACCCGUGAGUAACGCGCUCUGGCUGCCCCGGGCACGCCGCAGCCCCCAGCUGGGUGCUGGCUGGCAGCGGGGACGUGGCCGUGGCGCUGCCAGGCUCUGCCCUGCGUGGGGGCGGGCGCAGGAGGGAGCCGUGCUCCGUGUCGGUGCGGGGCCUGGAGCCGUCGCAGCCCCAGUUGGGCGGGAGGGAACGGGUUUCUCGGGGCGCCGUGCUCUUUGCCAGCACGCGCAGGCCGCUUUUGCCAAGGUGUCUGCGUCGUGGCAGGUGCUGAUCUUUGCGGAGAAGAAGGCCGACGUCGAUGCGAUCCACGAGUACCUGCUGCUCAAGGGCGUGGAGGCUGUGGCCAUCCAUGGGGGCAAAGAUCAGGAGGAACGGACGAAAGCCAUCGAGGCCUUCCGGGACGGGAAGAAGGACGUGCUGGUUGCCACCGAUGUCGCUUCCAAGGGCCUGGACUUCCCGGCCAUCCAGCACGUCAUCAACUACGACAUGCCGGAGGAGAUCGAGAACUACGUUCACCGCAUCGGGCGCACGGGCCGUUCAGGCAACACCGGCAUUGCCACCACCUUCAUCAACAAAGCCUGCGACGAGUCGGUGCUCAUGGACCUGAAGGCUCUGCUCCUGGAGGCGAAGCAGAAGGUGCCACCCGUGCUCCAGGUGCUGCACUGCGGGGACGAGACCAUGCUGGAGAUCGGAGGGGAACGCGGCUGCGCCUUCUGCGGCGGCCUGGGCCAUCGCAUCACGGACUGCCCCAAGCUGGAGGCGAUGCAGACCAAGCAAGUCAGCAACAUCGGCCGCAAGGACUACCUGGCCCACAGCUCCAUGGACUUCUAGCCUGGCUGGGUUUCGGUUCCCUUUCAGCCGGGGCUCGCAUUCCAGAACCCAGAGCGGGCCUGGACCGGAGGCCUCUCCUGCGCUGCUGUCGCCUGGUCUUGGGGCUGUUGCUCGCCCAAACUCCUGCGCUAGGUGUGUGGAGCAGUACUGCAGCAGCCCACUACAGCAGCACGCUGCUGUGAGGUGCUGAGCAAGCAGGUAGCGGCGCCCAGUGGGACGAGGAAGCUCCAGGGGCUGCUCCCCCUGCCCAGUGGUGUGUCCAGGGUCUUACACGCUGCCCCCCAAAGCCCCUCAGCCUCGCCCCCGUACCUCGUUCCGUGCGUCCUCAGCUCGUGGCUGUUCCCGUUGCCACCAAAAGAGCCCUGAUGCAGCCGGGCUGGGCGCGCCGCGCUCGCGUCGGGCGGUCCCCUGAGAGCUUCCCCCGCUCUCGCGGCAUGCGUUCUGCCCCGCUGCCCCCCUGCGAGAGGAAGGGCGGACGGACACCUCCUGUGGCCCAGCCUCUGCCCCUCAUCCCACACACCAAAAAGGGGAAGUCUCUGCGAGAAGGAAGUCCGUCUGCCCCGCGCAGUUGCUUCGGCUGCAGUCACGUUUCUGUGCCGCUGCCUGCCCGAGUCCCGGAGCCUCGCACUGACCGCCGGGGCUGCGCGGGGCCCAUGGAGAGCCCGGUGAAGGAUGGCAUCCUCUACGUGCAGCACUGCAAGUUUGGGAAGGUAAAGGGCAGAGGGGGGAUUUGAGGCUGGCUACAGGGUUUGCCCUGAUCCGUUUUCACGCUAGGCCUGCACCCCCCGCUGCUGGGGAAGGGGGGGAGCGGAGCCAGACCCCUUUGGGCCCCCCAGGGCGAGCCCUGCGCUCCGUAGCCCCCCCCCAGCGGGCUCCCCCGCGGCCCAGGGGACCCAUCCGUGCGGGCACCUGCUGGUGCUCAGCCCCGCGUGCUGUGUCCCUCUCCUCGCUCGGUCACCGCCGGACUCCUGAUGAAUAAAGGCGUGGUAACGAG